AUGAACACCCCUUCCAAUCCUUUUCAGAAGAGUGCUCCGAUGAACACUCCAGGUUCCAUGGUUUCACCUAGACUCUCUCCGCACCAAAACUCAAGCCGUUCUCAGAAUGUAGUACUCCAACCUCAGCCAGUCUCGUAUACGAGUGCUAUUAUGACAACCAUUCCUCUUGAUGUACAGGAUGAAUGGGACAAAUCUUUACAUCAGAAUUUCUCCAUUCUGUGUGAAGACAUUCAAUUGAUGAGUAUACGAAAAGAGGAAAAUAUUAUAAUAAGUAGAAUCCAAGAGAAGAAUUAUCCACCCAACAGCAGGGUACCCACAUUUGGAUUGUUUUAUGCUUCUCUUACAAGCGAAGAUCCAUCACAAUUAAUGAUAUAUACCAAAAUAUUUAACCACCUUGUCAACGAUUUUAAGGGAAUCACAGAAGAAUUGAAAAAGUUUGUGGAGACAAAAUUCUCAAAGCUUCAAGAGCCUGCAGCAGAAAAACUCGGAAUGUUUUUGGCUGAAUCUAUCAAAUUCAGCGAUCAAUUUGAAGCACCUUUUAUUGCACUCAUCAAAAAUAUGAAAACAUGUGACUUUAGUAAGAAAAAUAUGGUUCUUGUGGAACAAAUUCUUGACAUAUGCUUUCAAAAUAAGGAGUGGAUUUAUUCAAACCCUAAAGUUCUAGUUCGAGUACUGUACAGCUUUUUACGAAUGAUUGAGGAUAUCAAAAUUCUCAACAUGGACCGACAAGGUUUAGAAAUUUUAAUGAAAAAGCAACUACAACUUGUUGAAGACAUCAUUCGAGAUAACAUUUCUAAAGACGCUAUCCAAUCGAUGGGAAGAGAUUUAGUAAGAGUUCUUUACAAUAUUGUGAAGAAGUACAAAAUUAGCGAAACUUUAGAGAAACUCAUAUUUCAACAAGAGGUUGUUUAUUUCCAGAAAAUUCUUGGUACUCCCUCUUCCUCGCGUAUUUUAGACUCUCGAAUUAACCAUGACAUGUUCACUCAAAUAUCAUUUUUAAUAAGUAACGUCAAGAUGGGAAAUCAACGAAGGUAUCAAACAUGGUUUGCCCAAAAAUUCUUCACAACACCUGAAAGUGAGGCUGUCAUACCGGACCUGAUUCGUUACAUUAAUUGUGUGUAUCAUCCACCACAUGAGGCAAAUCCAAGAUGGGCAAUAUUAGGUUGGCUAUUUAAAUCAAUCAAGAAUCCUCAAAUUCUUGAGAAUGCAAAGCUUUGUAUUGUGUAUGACAUGUUAUUCACGAUUUCUUCUGAGAUUAACGAAGACUUGCUGCGAAAUAGUAUUCUACCUGUUGUGUUUUUAAUGACAAACAGUAUUGGAAAAUAUACUGAUGUCACCAAUGCACUUUUGGACUUUAUUUUUAAUUUCGUAGAACGACAAGAGCCAUACUUGAACGUUUCAAGACAGCAUGUCAUCAAUUCUCUUCAAACAUGUACACAAAAGCUUAUGGAUGUGGGAAAUAACGCCAUCAAUGUGGUCUAUGAAAAGAUUGACAAUGAAAGAAAAGAAAAGGUUAAGAGGUAUCUUUUGCCACAAAAGGAUGCAUCUCAUGUACAAACUUCCUCAGUCCCUCCAAUCUCUGUCACACCACUUACCAUUCCAGACGCUGCAUCCGCAAAUUCAAGUACCAACAAAUCUCCAACUCUCUCUCCUUCCAAAGGUCCUACCUCAAUAUCUCCUAAAGGCAACGUAGUACCACCAUCAAUCCCUUCACCCACUGCUGGUCCAACAUCUACAUUCAAUGCAGGAGAAAGUAAGACUUCAUCGCUGGCCGUUUCUGUUAAAUCUCCAAACCGUACUCUUGCAACAUCCACAACUAAGUCUCCAACAUCACCAUCUAGGCCAUUACCGUUCUCUGCUCCAAGCUCCAAAGAUUCUGAAAUGAAAAACAUUAGAGACACAAUUGAGGAAUAUCUAAAGAAUGCUCUCAACAAAUCAAAAGCUCUUGAUCAAUUCGAACAUGCCUUGACAAGUUUAGCUACUCAAGUCAGCGACUACUUUGAAUUGUUGCACACAGCUACCUCCGAUUCAAAAGAGGUUGAAGACAGCAGAAAUUUAUGCAAACAAACCAUCUCUGAUCUUAUUGAUGCAUUUUCGAACGCAACAUUGGCACAACCUAGUGAUUCUAAUAGUUUUGCUAGUUUUUUAAUCAAAAUUCUGAGCUUUGAAUUCCAACCACAAGUCUCAUCAUCACAAACUCUCGCUUCCCAAACAAAUCAACACGCCUCUCUCAUUGUUCAAACAGUUAUGAAAGAAAGAGCUGAAGAAGAGAAACAACAUUUAGAAAAAACUUUAUUGAGAAAUCAAACAACUCUACUCUACCAUUUAUUGGAUAAGGUUUGUGCGCAAGUUUUACCAACGUUAACCGGUGGUCAGUCUCGUGAGGCUUCAGCUGACAGAACCAAAAAGUUGAAGAAAGAAAAAUUCUCCCAAUUUAUCAAAUUUGCCUGCAAGACUGACGUUUCUAUUGGAUAUAGAAUAUUAUGCUUCUAUGUGACAAAAAUUUACAGUGAAAAGAUUCAAGAAUUGGAGCUCGUGAAACCACUUUCAACGGAUGCGCUUCUCAAUCUAUUAAUUUACAGUCAAAAUUACAAGUACAAGAAUGCAUACUUUACAUUUUAUGAAUGGUCUUUAGGUGCGCGAAAACAAACAUCUGCUCAAGACUCUUCUGGAGGCCAAUCUAUUGAACAAGUCUUUUUGAAAGAUAUGGUCUCAUGUUUGGAUGAGAAUCACCUAUUAUUUACUACUCUUCUGCCAUUGAUAUCGAGAGAUUUCUCACAUCUCAUCCAAAAGAACAAGGAGGAGAUGUUCAAAUUAAUUAUUACCAGAUUGUAUCCUCAUGAGCUGCAACUUGUAAAUACUCUUGUACAAAACGGCAGGCUUAAGAUUUUAUUCUCUCAAGGCAAACAAAAGAAGCCUAUGCCCGGUGCAACAAGUACCACGACACCAGCAAGUCAAGGAAUUACGAAUUUGGACUAUAUCACUCAGGCUAUUGUAAUGAUUCAAAAUUUGAACGAUCAUUUCUCUGACGAUUACGAAUACCAAAUGUUUUGGACUCUAUUGACUAAUGAAAUUUGUUACAACCACACCCUUUACUGCAUGAACAAUUGCCAAUCGGAGGAAGACCAAGACGCAAAGAAGUCAAACACAGAGCUUUAUUACAAGUUCAACAUUACCAAUUUCAUUACAUCCAUUUUGAACACCCUGCCCCAACAAGAAAUUUACUUCGACAUACUGCUAAACUUGGUCCAGAGGGUCACAUCCAUGAAUCCUGAUGGCGAGGCUUUAUUCAGUUAUGAAUUUAUUCAGAACAUUAUUACUCUACCAUUUGAAAAGUUUUCUACCUUCCCCUCCAUGUUACUUCACAAUUAUUUACAAUGCCAAUACAUGAAGAAUGAUGGCUUUUUAUUGGAAACAACAGAGAAACACUUUAUUACAAUUUUACAAGAGUUGUGUUUGGACAAACCAGAUAGUACCAAGAAAAUUUCUGUCGAGCAAUCACAAAAUGUACUCAUGCACUUUUAUUACAUGAAAUUGCUGACGAAUCAUUCGCUUCAACAGACGGCAACAAAGGAGCCACCAAACAAUAACCACUAUCUACUUUUUGAAUGUGAGAACUUUUUAAAACAAAUUCGAAAGAUGAAAGCUAACUUACCUCCAAAUAACCCUAAAUUGAAAUUUAUUUUCACACAACUAAUUGGAGAUUUUGAACAAGUCGGUGGAGAUGAAGGACCAUCAGAAUUUGUCAUGGACGAUGCUGAAGAAUCGAAGGUUAACAAUGCAAAGACUGAAGACGAAGAAACAAAAGCAGAGGAGGAGGAAGAGGAAGAAGAAGAACAAACAGAGAAAAAACCACCUCGCCUGCAACGAGCCAAGCCAAGAAAGUUCACCAAACGAAAGAAAGACCAACAAGAGGAAGAAGAAGAGGAAGAGGAACAAGAAAAUCAAGAGAGUAGUGAUGAAGAGCAGAGCAAGAGUAGCUCUUCCAAAACCAAGAAGCGAAAACAAGCAAAAGAAGAAGAGCCAGAAGAAGAGGUACAAGAAAAUGAUGACGAAAUGAUUGAUGAAGAAGAAGAAGAUGAUGAAGCUAAAGCUCUUAAUAAUAUCAAGUCAAGUGCCAAGCAACGAUCAGGAAGAAAUUCCAGAAGGAGAUUUAAUAGAAGGUGA